AUAAUUGACAGGUUAAAUAAGUUAAAAUAAAUAAAUCAUGAUGGAAUUUUAAUCAUUGACAUUUGAAAUUUAAAAACUAAUUAAAAUGAUUAAAAAAAUAAUUGACCUGUUAAUGAUACAGGCACAAUGAAGACGUUACAAUUUUUUGUAAAUUUGAUAAUUAUUUUAUCGACAAUUAGCUCAAUCAAAUGUAAAGCUAAAAAUUUACGGUCAGAAAGUCAUUAUGAAUUGAUGGAAAAAUCAGAAAGAAAACCAGGUGAGCCAUUGAUACUGAGACAAAAAAGAGUUAUUAAAUUUGAGGAUCUUCCUUUGAAUGUUAAAAAAAGACUAGUUGAAAAUUUAAAUUCAAUAAAUGAUUAUGAGGAUAAUGAUGCUGAUGAUAGUGAUACGGAAAAUGAUGUUGAAGAGAAAACGAUAUUAAAAAGAGAAAUUGAUAUUGAUCAAAAUGAAGAAAGAGAAAAACGUGAUGAAAAAAAAAUGAAAAAUCUUGAAAUAGCUAAAUCAGAGCUUGAAAAAAUUGAAAAAAAUGUUGAAAAUGAAAUAUUAAAUCUUGUAAAACGUUCAAAAAAAUCUAAAGAUGUUUUAUUAAAUAAUAAUUCAAAGCGUCAAGUUGAAAAUCCAAUUGGUAUUACAUCUGAAUCACAACCAAGACUACUAAAAAUUAAAGUUGAAACAGUUGAAUUUGAUCAAAAUACAAAUGAUGAUAAUAGCCAAAAUAAUGACAGUGAUAAAUUUAAAAAAAAUACAUUAAAAAAAUAUGAUAAUGCUGGAAGAAGACAAACAUAUGAUAUGAAAAAUACCAAUCAAAAUGAAAAAGAUAUUGAGAAUAAAAUUAAAAAAAGAAUUGAAAUGAUUAGGGAUCUAGUAAAACGUGAACUUGAAGAAAAAAAUAAACUAAAACAAAUUGAAAUAAAUAAUGCAAAAUUUGAUGAAUUACAAGAAUCAAUUGGUAAUAAUAAUCCUGAUUAUUUUGAUGAUAAAAUAAUUGAAAAAAGAAAUAUAAAAAUUGAAGAAAAUAAUACAAGAAAUAAACGUAAAAAAAUUAUUAAAAAAUCAAUUUUAAUACCUGAAAGAGCACAAGUUAAAAUUGAAGAUAAAUUAUCACCAGAUUUAGAAGUUGAUCCAAGGUUGAGUUUCAGUGAGGCAAACAAAUAUUAUCGUAGUUCCAGAGAUGUUGGUGAUAAUCAUGGCAGUAUUGAUGUUAAAAAUGAUCAACAGAUAAAUCUCAAUCAUGCUGAUCAUCGAAAUUUUUUAUUUCCUGGACAAUCAAACAAUCGACAAAGAAGAGGAAUGUCAUCUAGUAAUAAUAAAUUAUCAAAAAAUCAUGGAAAAUUUGAUAAACAUAAACGCCAACAAAAAAAUCAAAGACAUGAAAGAGCAGCUGAUGAAAUAUUAAAUGAUAAUUCAGCUGAUUCAGUUGCUGAAUCUGAUGGACUUGUUGAUGCAUCAAAUUCACAAGAUAUUAGUCCUCAACUUGUUCCUGAAUAUAAAGAAGCAUUUGGUGGUUUACCAUCUGAUCCUAAUUCCGAUUUUUUUCGCUAUAAAAGAAUAAAAAGAGAUAAAUAUUUAUAAAAUAAUUUUAAUAAUAAUUAUAAUAAAACUCAAGUAUUUUUUUUUUAAUAUUUAAUAUUCAUUUUUUUAACUAAAAUUUUUAUUAAAUCGAUUAAACUAUACAGCAAUCGAUUUUUUUCAUUUUUUUUUUUCAUAGUAUAAUUUGAUAUUUAACGACAAUAUUUAAUAGAGCUUGAUUAUUUACAAAAUUUUCUAAAAAACAUUGGAUUUUAUUUUUAAACUCUUAUUAAUACUAAAAAUUUAUUAAAUCACCAAUUAUUUCUCAUCUUGAAGUAUUUAUUUUAAAAAAAAAAAAAUGAAGCAAACAAGGAGAGAUUUUAAUCUGGCGUGUUUUUUCGUGUGCUAAUUUUGUUUUUAGUAUUCAGUUACAAUCUAUUUUACUCUUUUAUUAUUUUGACCUCUUUUUUUUUUAAAGUUUUACUCAGUCAAAUUACAUAAUUGUACUUCUUGAUAAUUUUUUUUUUCUUAGUCUUUAUUUAAUUUUUAAAGUUACAUCUUGUUUUGAUGAUUAUUUUUUUUUUUAAACAUUUAUUUUCCUUUCAUUUUAUGAUUUUUUUUUUGUGCGCGUUUAAAAUUUGUCGUAUGGUUUUAAUUUUAUUUUUCAUAUUUAUCUUCAUUUAACUUCCAUUCGAGCAUUAAUCUAAUAAAUGUAUAAACUAUUAUAUUACACAAUGUGUGAAUGACAUAUUAUUUACAACUUUUUAUCUGAAAAGAAUGAGGGAUUUUUAUUUUUUUUUCCAUUUAAAAAGAGACGACAGAUAAUUAUUAU